AUGUCCAAUAUGAAGUCGAGAAAAUAUGUCGAAUUUUUACAAUUGUUUUCAACUGGCACCUCAGUGUUUCUCAACACAGUUUUAAUGAUUCUAAUCAUCACAAAAUCACCAAAACGUCUUGGAUCUUAUAAAUAUUUGAUGAUGUAUAUCUCAGUUUAUGAAUUGGUCUAUUCUGUUUUGGAUUUCCUUAUCUCCCCAUUCUUAUUCGCGCAUGGCUCAAUUUUCUUGGUUGUCGUUUCAAUAAAUGACAACUUUCUCACAACUGAUAGACAACUUUUGCUUUACCUUAACUCGAUUUGGUGUGGAUUUUUUGGUGCGUUCAUGGGUGUAUUUGCAUUACAAUUCAUCUAUCGAUAUUUUGUGAUAACUGGGUUAGUUAUAAUACUUGUGUAGAUUAACUUCUUCAAUAAUGUAGAUCGAUAAAAAUCAAAAGUUUCAAUGAUUAUCGACUUGUGUUCUGGAUGUCGAUUCCAGUUAUAACUGGGCUGAUUUGGGGAACUGUGGUUUAUGUCCUCAUUGGUCCCACAAAACAAGUAGAUGAGGCGGUCAAAAAUAUUUUUCUAACUGAAUUCGACAAAAAGAUCGAAGACAUAGUAUACAUUGGACCAUACUUAUACCAAAAACAAUUUGAUGGAAGUGUGAAAAUUGACAUUUCUGCAUUGUUUGCUAUGGUUGUGAUGUCGAUAAUUGUUCUAUUUUCGAUCAGUUUUGUUGUUUUCUCUGCCAUCAAAUGCUUUAUCCAGCUGAAUGUCUACGUCAGAGUGAACAAAAGUUUGUCUCAAAGUCAUCACAGCUUCCAGAUGCAACUUUUUUACGCGCUGAUUGUUCAAACCCUCAUACCAUUAAUUUUAAUGCAUCUUCCAGUUCUGAUACUUGAUAUUAUCACACUUCUAGAUUUUGAUAUAGGUCACUCUAGCGUUCUCAUGAGAAUAGCUGCUGCAAUAUUCCCAGCUCUCGAUCCUCUUCCAGUUAUGUUAAUUAUCAAAGAUUAUCGAUGUACAAUUUUCAGUAUUGUUACAACUCGUGUUGUAUCAGUGCAGAAAAAAUCAAAACCAAAUAUACGAAUUUGA